AUGGGCGUGACUGCAGCUCCUGCUCCCGCCAUUGUCGGCGCUUUGCAAUGCCAAAAAAACUCUUACCUCCAAACACUCGAGACAGAAGUGGUGUCGUGCGAAGAAUUUGUUCCACCAAAGGAAUCGCAGCAAAACGGCAAGUCCAAAACAAAAAAGUCAACAGACCCAACCAAAGCACUUGAGAAUGGCGAUGCGGCAACGAGCAAGACCUGGUUGAUUGAGCUUGCGGACUCGGUCCUCUUCCCUGAAGGCGGCGGACAACACACCGACCAUGGCGUCCUCACGGCCCUGGGAGGCGAGAGCAAAGAAGAGAUACCAAUAAGGAGUAUUCAACGCCACGGCCUCCGCUGCAUACACUUCUCACCUAAGCCUCUCACGCCUGGUAUACCUGUGCGCCAGACUGUUGACUUUGCCCGGCGUUGGGAUCUUAUGCAGCAGCACACCGGUCAGCACCUCCUCUCCGCCGUCAUGGAUGGCAUGGAUCUUCCCACCCUAGGAUGGAGCAUGGGUCAGCCUGGAGAUAUGAACUACGUGGAGCUGCCGCGGAAACCAACGGAUGAAGAGAUACAGACAAUACAAAGGGACUGCAACAAGAGGAUCAGGGAAAGCAUACCAAUCACGGUGGAGACACCCGAGGGCAAGGCAAGUGAUAGUCUCCCUGAAGACUACGAUAGGGAGAAGGGCGUUGUGAGGUUUAUCAAGAUUGGCGACAUGGACUACAACGCUUGCUGCGGAACCCAUCUCCAGAACUCUGCACACAUCAAUGUCAUUCUUCUGCACCAUACACAGUCAGUGCGAGGCACAAACUGUCGGCUUUUCUUCACAGCGGGCGAUCGCGCAAUCACAAUGGCAACAGAGUCGAUUACAGGCCUUCGCUCCAUCGCUGUCUCACUGUCUUCGGGCUCCGCACCAGCCGAUGUCGCAGCCGGCGUACAAAGAAUGGCGGAUCAAGUCUCUGAAGCGCGAAAGAAAGAAAAGAAGCUCCUCGCAGAAAUCGCGUCCUUUGAAGGCGAACGCAUCAAGAACUACCUGCAAAGCCAUGCAACCGCAUUCUUGCACCGUGCAACCGACGGAUUAGACUUUAUCAACCUCGUCCUCUUUGAAAUCAAAGACACAGUCAAGGAGCGCGAUGCCGUCGUAGUACUGUGCUCAGGAGAAGUAAAAUCCUCUGGCUCACUCGUUUUAUUCGGAAAACUAGAGCUAGUAGAAACGAUGGCAGCAAAAGUCAAGGAGACAGUGAGCACAGCAAAAGGCGGAGGAAAGGGGGAAAAGUGGCAGGGAAAAGUCACAGAGUGGCAGAAAGGUGAGGUUGAAGCACUGAAGAGUGCAGUCAUUACGCAGUAAAUUCUAUACAAGCAAGAGGAUGGAGUACAGGAAAAAACAGU